CCACCGGCUCCGCGGCGGGUGGAGAUGAGAAGGGAUCCGGUGCUUGGCUUUGGUUUCGUGGCCGGUAGCGAGAAACCCGUGGUGGUCCGCUCUGUGACUCCAGGAGGACCAUCAGAGGGAAAACUUAUUCCCGGGGAUGAGAUCAUUAUGAUCAAUGAUGAGGCGGUUGCCUCAGCACCCAGGGAACGAGUCAUUGACCUCGUCAGGAGUUGUAAAGAGUCCAUCUUGUUGACUGUUGUGCAGCCAUACCCAUCUCCCAAAUCAGCAUUCAUCAGCGCAGCCAAAAAAGCCAAGUUGAAGUCUAACCCUGUCAAAGUGCGCUUUGCAGAGGAAGUCAUAAUAAAUGGACAGGACACUGUGAAGGACAACUCCCUCCUCUUCAUGCCUAAUGUUCUAAAGGUGUACCUGGAGAACGGGCAAACCAAGUCAUUUCGUUUCGACAGCAGCACGUCUAUCAAGGACGUCAUCAUGACUCUCCAAGAGAAGCUGUCCAUCAAGUGCAUCGAGCAUUUUUCAUUAAUGCUGGAACAGAGGACAGAAGGUUCCAGUAGCAAGCUGCUACUCCUGCAUGAGCAGGAGAUGCUAACUCAGGUUACUCAAAGGCCAGGGUCGCACAAGAUGAAAUGCUUUUUCAGAAUCAGCUUCGUCCCAAAGGAUCCGGUUGACCUUCUCAGAAGAGAUGUGGUGGCUUUCGAAUACCUCUAUGUCCAGAGCUGUAAUGAUGUAGUUCUGGAGCGCUUUGGCCCAGAGCUGAAGUAUGACGCUGCUCUUCGCCUCGCCGCCCUGCAGAUGUACAUCCUCACCAUGACGACCAGGCAGACACAGAAAGUCUCACUCAAGUACAUCCAGAAGGAGUGGGGUUUAGCACUUUUCUUACCUCCAUCAGUCCUCUCCAGCAUGAAGGAGAAAAACAUAAAGAAAGCACUGACACACAUCCUAAAGACAAAUCAGAACCUUGUGCCUCCAGGGAAGAAGUUAACAGCUCUGCAGGCAAAGGUGCACUAUUUGAAGUAUCUUAGUGACUUGAGAUUGUAUGGAGGAGGAAUAUUUAAAUCAGUCUUACUGCAAGGAGAGAAGCAAACAGAGGUGACCCUAUUGGUGGGUCCCAGGUAUGGCAUUAGUCAUGUAAUCAAUGCCAAGACCAAUCUCGUGGCCCUCCUUGCUGACUUCAGCCAUGUUAACCGCAUUGAGAUUCUCACUGAGGAUGAGACAAACGUCCGGGUAGAGUUGCAUGUCUUGGAUGUAAAGCCUAUCACGUUACUAAUGGAGUCCAGUGAUGCCAUGAAUCUGGCUUGCCUGACCGCAGGAUACUAUCGGCUUCUGGUAGAUUCCCGACGUUCCAUCUUUAACAUGUCCCAGAGUAACAGCCUAAGUGAACUGGACAGCGGCCAGGAUCCCAGGGAGCUCGAAUGGCCAUACAGCACCUCAUUUGGUAGCUGUGAUGACGGUAAUUCUCAAGCAAGAGUGAAUGAAUCUUAUCAGGGGGAGCCUGAUUACCCAGAGGGCACACAAGGAGAGACUGAAAUUGCCUCUCCUUCUAUACAAGAUGUACAGCAGCCCCAAUAUCCCAUGCAGCAGGGGGGUGAGAGGUCACCAAGAAGGAGCAGAAGUCCACAGCCUCCACCUCUCCCACCUGCAAGACAUCGGCCCCAAGACUCUCCCAGGAGUGCUAAAGUAUCUUUUAUAUUUGGAGAUCCCCCUCUGCACAGCGUCAACCCUCAGAACCUUGGCUACCAGCGCCUCAUGGAUGAAAGUCCUGAGAUUCCUGAUAGAUCUGUUCUCCUACAUACCAAUGAUGUAAGCUUCAGGACUUCAGAUGAUGUGCCAUUUCAGUACAAUACCCGACAAAAUGUUGUCUAUAGCAACAUUGGAGAGGCUAAGAUUUUUGGUAGUGUAGAGGAGGGCAUUGAGGAGCCCUUGCUGCGAGAUUUAUGUUACGCUGAAACGACGGAUGACGCAGAGGAUGAGGACGAUGUCAGCUGCGAGGAAGACAUAGCCGCAGCGGUUGGAGAGAGUGCUGUGAGACUGCCAACGAGCAAUACCACAUUUCUUGCCUUGUCAGGGUCCAGUGACGAUAUUAUCGACCUGACCUCCCUUCCACCACCAGAGGGGGAUGAUGAUGAGGAAAAUGAUGCACUCCUACACUCCCUAAACCUGGCUAUUGCUGCCCCUCCUCCUGGGUUCAGGGACAGUUCAGACGAAGAGGGCACAGAGAGCAAAGGUCGGCCUCUCGGCUCAUGUGACAACGACAACAUCCCCGUGUCUCUUAUUGAUGCUAUCCCAACGCAUGGGGAGGGCAGCAGUGACCGUAACCUGGAUCAGGCUGUUGUGUCCACCCUACAAGCACUGGAGGCACUGGCUGUGUCUGAAGAGCGGCCAAAUCCACAGUCCAACACCAGUACAGGUAAUGUCCUGUCUCGGGCUUUCAGUCCUGAGUCCUCGUCAGAUUCAGGAAAUGAAACAAACUCUUCGGAGAUGACUGAAAACUCAGAACAGGCUGCAGCGCACAGGCUCUCAGAGAAUCCCAUGCGUCUCUUGGUUGCCACCACUGAGGGUUAUCAGCCACUUUUGGAAGAGAAGACUGAAUUUCCUGUCUCCCCCUCUGCAAGACCAUCCAUACAAAAGCCACCACGUAGUCCCUCACGACACAGACAGACUGAAGUACUGUCUGUUGCUGUGCCUUCUAAGCAAAUUUUAUCUUCUGAUGGCAUUGAGAUGGAGCCAGAUGCCAUGGAGGAUAAAUCACUACAUGAUUAUAUCCCCAAAGCACACUCAAGCACACUUGUAAAUUCAAACACCGGCUACCAGUCCAAUACAAUGGUGAGUGGUGGAAAACGACAUAAGAAAACAGCAGAUCCCCCUGGGAAGUUUAACUCUUUAGGUGGGAGAGAAAGUCACAGGAGGAGUCAUUUUGACAUUGAACGUACUUCGUUUUGUGAGAGGAUUCAAGGGCAGCAGCCAUUAUUUGAGAAUAAAUCCACAGAGAAACAAGCCACUGCAAGCCACUUAGGCUCUAAAGAAGAUGUAGCUUGCAACAGUAGUCCUGGAAAUGGGCAAGGUGGGCUCUCAUCUGACACUUGCUUUCCCUCACCAUCUAAACAACUGCGGGACACUGCACAGGUAGAGACACAUGAGGACGAGCAGCAGGCCCAGCCACCACUGCGGCAUGGGGUGGCACGAUUAUGUGAAUACCACUUGGCUAAGCGGAUCUCCUCCCUUCAAAGUGAGGCUCAACACUCUUUGCAGAGCUCACAAUGCUCUUCUCUGGAUGCUGGCUGCAGCACAGGAAGUAGUGCUUGUGCAACUCCCACUGACUCACCACUUUGCGCUCCCGAUGGCAAGCACCCGCUCUCAAACUCUUCAUCUUCCUUACUCAGAGGUCUUGCCUUUGAGGACAAGGCUUCACAUGGCACUCUAGGCAGAGACCUCCAUCCCCACGCAGAUCCUGCCCUCCUGAGGAAGAUGUUGCCAAAUAUGCAUCCCCCUGGGUCAGAUCCUUCACUUAAUGUCCGAGAAGGCUCCCUUCGUCCAUCCAAGAUGAAAGAGACCACAGCUCGCACAGAACAGCAUGGAAUGCUGCCGGGAGGGAGAGACCAGCCCCCAAUUUUACUACGGCAAGCCAAAACCUGUGCCACUCCUCCUCCUCCUCCUCCUCCUCCCCCUCCACCGCCACCUCCACCUCCACUUCUGCAACACAGCACGUCAGUGAGCACCAACUGCAGUGUUCCACUGUCAGAGUCAGCCAACACUCUCAGACAGAACCAUGUCCACAUGACAGCCCCUGCACUGCAUCAAUGUAACUCCACCACCAAUAGUCUUCGGAGGGGCAGGGAACUAAGACGAAGCUCUAGCACUGUGACUACAGGCUCUGGAAGUGUGGAAACACUGUUUGAGAGAACUAGGACACCCUCUACAGGCCGAUGUCAGCAGGUGUCUGCACAUUUGUGUGACGGCAAACUGCAGAGAAGACCUACAGGGAAGAAGCUAUCAAAAAGUUACUCCCAGGGUUCUAUGGGCUCUCAUACCACUUGCUGGUCAGCUGGUAGCAAGGACAGCUGGAGGGCCUCUGUUAUGUUACCACUGCAAAAGGAUGGCAAGCAGAUAAAGGCAUCACAGAAGCUAGACACUAGUCCAUGGAGGUGCAAUGGCCCAUUCAGCUACUGUUUCUUUAAAAGGAAAAGUUUAGCCGAGGAGGAUGACACAGAUGGGGAGGGACCCAGAAGGUAUCAUGGUGAUUUUAAUGAGGCAGGAACCUCCCAGCACAGCCCCAACCCUGUCCUUGACACCACAGGAGAGCAGUUGUAUGGGGAGGUCCUUAACAAUAUGAGUUUUAGUGACAGGCUGGCUCGAAUAAAUGCACUGAAGGACCACAUGUAUGUCUUUCCAACCGGCUUUUCCGAAGUACAGAGGGAUGCGAGUGAGCUGAUUGCCCUAGUACGCUCUAGUGUAGGAAGAGGUGACAGAAGUGUUCCACCACUUCAAGCUCAAGAGCUUGCCCAGUACAAGCAGCUGCUUUCUAUUGAGUCUAAGGAGCUUGGAAGGGCAUGUCGGCGGAUGGCUCAAGCACACGGGAGCCCUGAGGAAAUGCUGCUGGCUGUCACUUGCAGUUUCCAGGUGCUCUGCUGCUUAUCCGAAGCCUGCAUGUGCCUGGUACGGGGCCUAGGCGCAUCAGCUGCCCAGCAACAACGAGAAGUUGUCGCCAAAGUUGAUGAGGUAGUUAUGAACUAUAUCUGUCUGCUGCGUGCUGCUGAGGCAGCCUCAGGUAGUGCUCCUGGGGAUCACAGCAUCAAAGCACUAGCCCGUCACUCAAGCACCAUGUCAGCCAUUGCUAACACCCUCACCCGUUCCUUAAAAACAUUACUGAGCAAAUAG